GCUUCUUUUUUUUUUCCAUCAAGUGACCACAUGAAAGAGAAACUCGAGGCUUCGGUAGGUGGCAGUCGUGUCCCAUUUGCAGGAGACACAUGGGAGGAUCUAUCUCUCGAAUCUCUUGUCUCUCGAAUCUCUGUCUCAACCCUCACUGGCGCGAAUGAAUGUCUGAGUUCAAACCCCCCCAAAAUGAAUUAGUAAAAUUAUUUCAGCUCAUUAAAAGAGGGCUGAUAUAAUACAUCCAAAAAGUCGGGAAGGAAAAGAGGUUUAUGCAACAGCUGCGGCAGCAGAGCGAAGCCAGCAACAGAGGAAGUUCACAGAGAGCCUCAGUGAACCUGGAGGAGACGGGAUUCAUCCUCCUCUCUUCUUUCCUGCAGUUCUUGCGGCAGACACUGACGGAGUCGGAGCAGCUUGUCAGUGGGAGGUAACCUACACCAUGGCCCCUGAGCGCUUUGAGCCAUUCGGCGCCUGUCCGUGCUGCUGCGCCGCGCGUUUUUCUUUGGGUCGGUAAAUGCGGUGCGCACCGCGGAUCCCGUGCGGCGCGCGCUGGCUUUGCGCACACUGUGUUUUGAGGCAGGAUAAUUGGAAAGUGGUGUUCGGCUCGGAGCAGCUUUGAGUAACACUGCAGAGGAAGAAGAGGGGGGGAGAACAGGAGACCCCUCCGGUGUGGAUAAUAACACUUAAGCGGAAUCUCAGUCCUCGCAUCAGAAGGUGGAUAUGCGUAUUUGACGGAACUGGUGGGCAACACGGGAUGGGAUCAAAUGAGAUCAAGGCUCGACGUGAAGGACAUGGACGAAUUAAGCUUUUGGUGCCGCACCAUUGAGGGCUGAGUCUCCGACUGAGAUUUACCCGGGAUACCUGUGUCCUUUUCUUCUUCCAUCACUGUGUUCACUGAAGUGACUGACGACAUUUAGUCUCCAACUUUAUCCGACAUAUACUAAAAAAAGGUGAGGUACCACUUUUUUUUUUUUUCUUCCCUCCACCACCACUUUUUCCUUCGCAAAGGCUUUAAAAAAAAACCCGCACCAGGAUGUGAGGAGAAUCUAAUCAGCAUGGAAUGUCGUAAAAAAAUAGAGGACUUGAUUUCUUUGAAACAAAAAUAAGAAGUUAACAUUGGACCCUUAAAUAGCAGAGUGGCUUUAUCGACCGGGAGAUGCUCGUCAAGAUGUUUCCACCUGGAGAUUCUGACUGAUUUGCGUUCGUAGUAUUUGAUCGAAAUCAGCCUGAAGAAGAGUCAUCACUCAUUCUCAUCGAUCUGCAUCUGGAGGCGAUAUAGUUUCUUCCAGUUCCCCUUGAAUGAAUCAGGAAUAGCGGAUGUACUGCGAGCGUUCAUGUGGUGCCAGACUCCGGACUGAUGGUUGGAUUACACACCGCCCUCAAUGUGGACACCAGAUUCGCCAAAACCGCCUGAGAAUUGCGGAUGUUCCUCUGGUCGACGCGGUUUUUAGAAGAAGGACUGGAUCUCCAUGCCUCGCUGAGAAUCGGGGUUUAUUUUUCAUCAAACUGCAUUGUCAGCAUUCCUUGUCCCCAUCCAAUGCCUGCAUAAUUGGAUGAGACAGAAGGAAGACCGGUGACUGUAGAGAAAAAGCUGGACCGACAUUAUGGAUCCAUGGGAAUUAAAAUGAGGAAGACAAGACCCAUUUUAAGAAGACAUUGAGUUGGCAGUUGGCCAAAAUCCUCUUCCCAAAGAGUGGACGACGUGUCAUGGAAUUAUGAAUGUUAAACAAGAUGAGCUACUCCCAGCAGCAGCAGACGAUGCGAGGUCCUAGGUGGAACCGGGCCUUGUCCGACCCUUUAUUUGUGCUGCUCCUGGCCCUCCAGCUGCUGGUAGUGGCAGGACUGGUGCGCGCACAGACGUGCCCCUCUGUCUGCUCCUGUAGCAACCAGUUCAGCAAAGUCAUCUGCACCCGUCGCGGCCUACGAGAAGUCCCAGAUGGCAUCUCGACCAACACGCGCUACCUGAAUCUACAAGAAAAUCUCAUCCAGGUUAUUAAGGUGGACAGUUUCAAGCACCUCAGACACUUGGAAAUUCUUCAGUUGAGUAAAAACCACAUACGCAAGAUUGAGCUGGGAGCCUUCAAUGGACUGGCCAACCUCAAUACCUUGGAGCUUUUUGAUAACCGCCUCACUACCAUCCCAAAUGGGGCAUUUGAGUACCUGUCGAAACUAAAGGAGCUGUGGCUGAGGAAUAAUCCCAUAGAGAGUAUUCCUUCCUAUGCUUUCAACAGAGUGUCCUCAUUACGACGGUUGGACCUUGGGGAGCUCAAACGGCUCUCGUAUAUAUCAGAGGGAGCCUUUGAAGGGCUAAGCAAUCUUCGCUACUUAAAUCUCGGAAUGUGCAACCUGAAAGAAAUCCCCAACCUUAUCCCCUUGGUGAAGCUGGAUGAACUGGAGAUGUCAGGGAACCAGUUAUCCAUCAUCCGGCCGGGCUCUUUUAAAGGGCUGAUCCAUUUGCAAAAGCUAUGGAUGAUGCAUGCCCAGAUCCAGACCAUUGAAAGGAACUCAUUCGAUGAUCUGCAGUCGCUCGUGGAGCUCAACCUAGCCCACAAUAACCUCACCCUCUUGCCCCAUGACCUUUUCACUCCGCUACACCACCUGGAGAGGGUGCACUUGCACCACAACCCGUGGAACUGCAACUGUGACAUACUUUGGUUAAGUUGGUGGCUUAAAGAAAUGGUGCCGGCCAACACGAGCUGCUGUGCGCGCUGCAGCUCACCGUCCCACCACAAAGGGCGAUAUAUUGGCGAGCUGGACCAGAACUACUUUCACUGCUACGCCCCUGUUAUCGUGGAUCCGCCCACUGACUUAAACGUCACCGAAGGAAGCGCUGCCGAGUUAAAAUGUAGAGCCAGUUCUCUGACGUCGGUCAGCUGGAUCACACCAAAUGGUUCCAUAGUAACACACGGCGCGUACAAGGUCCGAAUCUCCGUGUUAAAUGAUGGUACUUUAAACUUCACCAACGUUACCAUGCAGGACACUGGAAUAUAUACUUGCAUGGUCAGCAACUCCGCCGGUAACACGACAGCAUCCGCGACCCUUAAUGUAUCCUCAACGGAGAACAGCAGCUUCAGCUACUUCACCACGGUGACGGUGGAAACCAUAGAGGCGCCACACAACGAAGGCUUCACCACCGGCGUGCAACACAAGGUGGGUCCGACCACGUCGGCUGGAAUGUGGGAGGCCGUAUCGCCCACUUCCACCACCACCACCACCGUCCGGACCACGGUUUCCACCAGGACCACGGAGAAAACCUUCACGGUUACCGUCACCGAGGGAGCGCUGAAUGGCCUGGACGAAGUCAUGAAAACCACCAAGAUAAUCAUCGGCUGCUUCGUGGCUAUCACGCUCAUGGCGGCCGUCAUGCUCAUUAUCUUCUACAAAAUGCGUAAGCAGCACCACCAGCAGAACCACCACGCCCCCACACGCACUAUUGAGAUCAUCAAUGUGGACGAGGACUGCGUGACGGGGGGUCCAGGCAUGGAGGGCCAUCUGACUCUACCUCCUUUAGAGCAUGAGCACCUCAACCACUAUAAUGCUUAUAAGACGGCGUUCAACCAUGCGUCUGCGCUCAACUCCAUACACAGCUCAGUGCACGAACCUUUGCUAAUCCGGGCCAGCUCCAAAGACAAUGUACAAGAGACCCAAAUCUGAACUCGUUCCUUUUUUCUAUUUUUCUUUUCAAAAUGAGACAUUAUGAAGACAACAACUGAAUAAAGAUAGAUGAAACUGAAACCAAGGGACAUUAAUAACAGUUCGUUUUCGCACUGAUGAAAAGACUUCUACGACUUGCUGAACAAUGGUUGGUGGUGUUUAUUCAAUGACUUUGGUAACUAGGAUAUGUCUACUGUUUCAAAAGUGUCUUUACAAAACAAAAGUUAUUUAUUUAUGAAAAAAAAAACAUUGUGGUUAUAUCAAGGUAAAAGUAUUCUGCAUCCUUCUCUUUUUUUUUUUUUUUUUUUUUGUCCCCUAAUGUCAUUUAAUGGGAUUGGUUGAGUCAGGGCAUCCUUCGCCAAGUCUGCACGAAGGAACCGUUCAAACGCAAAAGAAAUCUCUCCGGAUAAAGACGUCAUUACCAUUCAAUGAUUCAUUUUUAAAGGUUUGUUUUGUGUGUGUCGAAUCAUGAUGUUCGUGAAGCAGAGGUCAUUUUGUUAUUCAAGGAAUAUUAUUCACUGCUAUUUAUGACGUGAAAUAUCGCAAUAAUCAUAAAUGCCCAAUAGGUGACCGAAUAAAGCUCAUUCGUUUGGGAACCAAAUACUUUAACCGUAAAUGUUCGUUCCGGCUCACUGGUUUCCUCAAUAGAGUCCAAAAAUAUACAUCUUUUGAAUGUUCGGUUGUGUGUAUGCAUUUUAAAAAUAAAAUAAAUAAAUUUAAAAAAAAGUUAUGUUAUGCAUUUAUCCAAUCUAAAUCUUUUUAUCUUCAUCUACAUGUAUCAAUAAAAAGAAGACAGCUAUUUUGUGUUUAUAAUUUUGUUCAAAAAUAUAUUUCUUAUUUCCCCUUUUUCAUUUAUUUUUCCAAAAUUCAUUCUAAAUUAAGUCAAUAACUUUAUUUGAGACCUUUUUUUUUUUCUCUGUGUGCCAUAUAUUUAUUUGACACCUAUUGGUUCACAAUAUAAAUGCAUUUAAAUGCUGUGUGAACAGUGAAUCCUCAACAUUUACAGCGGAAUCCCUGGUCUCGUCCGCAGGACCGAUAGCUGUCAGGAAGUGAGGGAAAAGCUUGAGCACUUUUAAUGAAGCGGGUGAGCAGCUUGACUCUGUCACAUUUCCACAUGAGCUGUACCUGGCUCCCCCGGAUUUGUUCUCUCGUCGGUUGUUGGCCCUGAGCUGCGAGAGGCUUCAUGUGUGGGCACAGACAUCAAGCAGAUGUUAGCAUCGCACCUGCCUUCUCCUUCAGCACAUUUUAAUUGAUGUUCCUUUUGGUUUGUGUCGACUGCGGUUUCGCUGUGUCCAGAAGUCGAUACGAAGUCUGUAAACCUCACCCUUUUUGCAUCCCAAAUGAAUGAGCUUGCUUCAAUACAUUCAUAAUUUCAAUCGAAUUGAAAAAUUUGAAACAAUAAAUGUAAUGCGCAUCACUACAUUGAAUGAAAGUCGACCAGGUUCCAGCCUCUUUUUCCCCAGUAUUUAUUCCACAUUUCAUUCUUGCACCCGCUUCAGUGUAAGAAACUUUUAUUUUUUAAUAUUUUUUUUUCAAGCUCAUGUACAUUUGUGCCAAACAAUAACCUAAUUUGUGAAGUAAGACCACUGCAACAAGACGACUCCAUCCUUUGCCCGCACACGUAUUGAAUCUUUGCACUCGUGGCACAAACUCUAUGACCAUAUAUCUCUAUCGUACCAUGUUUCCAUGAACUCAUUAUUUCUCCUCUCGCCGAAGGUGAGCUUCAAGACGAUUCAUAUUUGUAAGAUAUUUUUUUAACACUAUGGUUUCCACAUUUUCUGAGAGGGAAUGCUCUGCUUUUAGUAGAUUUCUAUAAAAUGCAUUUGGGAGUAGGAAAAAAAAAAUGUUUUAUUUAAAUUUGUUUUCUGUGCCACAUCCUGCUUUUAAAGUGACAAGUAAAAAAAAAAAAAAAUGAUUUCAACAUCAACCUUCUUUCACAACCUUUAAGAGAUAUGGAGUUUGAUUAUAGAGACCAGAGUUUGUAGUACAUACACAAAAUAUGGUUAAAAAUAAAGUA